CCGGCCGCCCCGCCACUUUUCGGUUUUUCCGUCGUAUGUUUGUGUUUGUUGUUUGUUUGUCUUCGUGUAGUGGCAUUUUGUGUUCAAGUUUUAGUUUAACCAAUUUGUUUUGAAGAUUGAUGAUGAGAAAUAGUGCCUUAAGAUAACCCCCUGUGUUCACUGUCUAAACGAUAGUAAAAAUGAAGUUUCGUGGAUUUCUAAAGAAAGGAAACAUUAAAAGAAAAAGCAACGAACUUACUAUUUCCGAUCCAGGAUCCGAUGACAGUUGGGAUGUACUGUGCAAGACUGACAACCAGGAUAAUAAUGUUCCAACUGGAACAGAACCUAUCAAGGCUCUCCAUACAGUUGCCACUGCGUCCACCUCUUCAACUGCACCUAUCGUUAAGGGUACAUCUCAAAUUACUGAAGUCAUUGCCGAUUCAUCUCCAACGCACACCAAAACUGCAAAUAUCAGUGUGGAAUCCCAAACAAAUGUCAACUCAAAGAAACUUCUCCCCUUCACUAGUACACCCUUUGUAAGGCAUAAACAAGUACCUGUGUUUGAGGUUUCUUCAAUUAUUUCUCCUGUAGAUGGGCCCACCAAUGAAAGAAUUCCAGAACAAGAGGUUCAAAAUUAUUCUGGAAGCCUAGUUCUGAACAGAAAAAAUUCAGCUGACCCAGCUGAUGAUACAUUUAACCAACUUCUUGAGCCAGGGAAAAGUGUCAAGAAAAGAUCCUCUAGAGAACUUGGAGUUCGACCCUUGAAGUCCCUUAUCAACCAAGGUGACACAACUAGGCAGUAUGCAGGUGGUGCUUUGAAAGGGAGAACAAUGAGCUCUGUGAAUCCACCUAUCAACAGCACAGAGGGAAGCUGGGAAACCACUGAAGCAUCAACAACCUGCACUGCUGAUUUGAAAAAGACUUCCAUUAGUCCCGAUAAGAUACCAAUACGAAAUCGAUUGCCUAUUGCUUCCUCUCAUUCAAGCAGCAAGGAGAAAACAAUGGCCAAAAUUAACCAUCCAAAUGAAAUAAUGAAUUUACAAGAUGAGAACAAAGUGCAAAGCUCUGCUGGCAGUCUUCGUACCUACAGCCCUAGAAAAUACUCAAGAAAAAAACAAAGCGGGUUUACUGAAAUAUCUGAUGCUCAAACCACGGAUAAAGGAAGAGACCGAGAUCUAAUAGUGAGCAAGAAGUGUGAGUCACAUGAUGUCGGCGGGGACCUUCCUCUUACAAUACUAAACCAUGAUAAAGUAACUUUGGAGCUUGAAGAAAAUCACCAGCAGCGCACAACCGAAAGAAAUGAGGUACGAGGUACAGUUGAAGAGCUUCCAAACCACAUUAACACCCAAAGUUCAGACCAAACACUAGUUCAGCUAAAUAAGGCUUCAUCCCAUAAAACUCAAAGGAAGUCUAUAAUUAUUGAUCAUACAAAAGAAAAAGGUCAGGGAUUGAAAAAGCGUGUGAGCUUUGCUGAGGUACCAGAACAGACAACCAAUGCUCAAGAGGACUCAGCAAUGAAAAUAAAAUCAAAAACUAACUACAGCAAAGAACUGGAACCUGAAACUGAAAGUUAUAAUAAUAAUAAGGGGAAAAAUGAAUCAAAGAAAGGGGAUAAGAAUACCCCCAGAGAUGAAAGUAUUUCUACUGAUCCUCAGGUUUCUAAAGAACAUGCAUUGGUUCACUCUUCUGACCAUGCCAACAAAAAUAACCAGCUAACUCAGAAUCUCCAAAAGAGUUCUGAUGUUCCUUGUAAAGAAGUAAAUAUGAUCUGUCAAUCUAACUUUGCUGUGAAGAUUGGAAACACCGUUAUCAAACAGUCCAGCUGCUUCGGUGUUGCUGUUGAUCUUGAUAAAAACAAGUCAAGUAAAAAUGAUAAGGUGGAACAUACACUUGUAGCUCCUGCAUGUAUUGUUGGUGGAGAUACGAACAAAGAAAAGUCAAACCCAAACAUCACAGAACCUGAGGACAGGCAUAAAAGCUCAAACAAUACCAAAGCUCAUGCAGUAAAGCAGUCAAAUGCCAGGGAACUGCUUUCUAGUGCACACAAGACAUCAUCCAUUCAGCAGAACAAACCAAAAGUCUCCAUUUCCCUUCCCUCUUCCAAUCAGCACAUAUCCCUUCUAAUUUCAGAGAUCGAGUCUUCAUCUGAAGAAGAGAGGAUAUUGCUACGAGCUCAAAGUUUGAAAUUGAGGGAAAAUCAGAACAACGCAAGGAACUCAAAGAGCCUUGAGAAGAGCAAUCAGUUGGGACUCAAUUCUAGGCACAACAUAUCUCCAUUCAAAAGCCCUGUCAAAUCUCUUUCCUGUGACAUACGACCAGCACAAUAUGCCUCUCCCACUGGAGUAAGAGAGUCAUUAUUUUCAGUCCCUCAAGGUACUGAACAGCCUCAACCGUUAACCCCUGAUGCAUUGAAUUUUCACAAUGAAAGUGCAUCAAGCUGUGACAUCUUCAUAUCAAGACAGCCAAGUGAUUGUCAAAGUAAUUUUGCAGAGGACCAUUUCGAGUUAGAAAUUAUGUCCUCCUCUGAAGAAGAGAAAGUUGCGUCUCAGAAACUUCUAAAGAAACAAAGUCCCACUGGAAAGUUGGAGAGUAAUGCGACACAAAGUCACAAACCUCUAAAGGAAGAUGAAGUGCCAAAUCCAAAGCAUUUAAAAAAAGUUUCUCGAUUGAGUUCAAAGGCCAAAGAAAUUCGUCGUCGUAGGAAAGAAAAGAUAGAAGAGAAACGAAGAUCUCAGGGGAACAGCUCUGAUAGUGAUUCCCCAUCUCCUCGUCCCCUUCAGAAAAGAAUAAGCAGGAGAGGCACAAAAACUCCAUUCUCUAGUGCUAGGGAAGUUACAGAAAUAGAAAAAUGUAAAAAGAAACUCUUACAGGAUAAUGUUGAUGAAAAAUCUGCCGCCAUGGAGAUACUUGAUGCACAACAAACAGAGAAAAAUUUUACUGCAAUGCCUUCAACUCAGGCUUCAUCAUCUGCCGAUAUGGAGAUACUUAAUGCACAACAAGCUAGGGAAAUUUCCACUGCCAUGCCUUCAAUUGAGGCUUCAUCAAACCAGAAUUCCCAAAAUCAUAAAAGCAAGGAGAAACAAAAGAAAAGCACAAAAAAGAGAACACAGGAAAAUUUCAAUUUGAAGAAAACCAAGAGUCCUAAAGGAAAACUUGUAACAAAUGGGCCAGUUUCAUCACGAGAUGCCUUGCAAGGAAAGCAGAGAAUGAUGACUGAAGUUCAAAUGGAUGAUGAUCUAAUUCAAGAGGAAGAAAAGGGCAAUCCCAUCAAAAAUCAAAAUAUUUUGAUUGAACUUCCAAACCAUGACGAACUGGCAUCAGGAAUUCGCUGUUCUCAAAGAAGCCGCAAACCCCCUUCAAUGUAUUGGCUUGGUAAUAGAGCACAUAACAAUCUGAUAAUUGACUAUGUAACGGAAAAUGAAGGCACGAGUCAGUCACGUAAAAAAACAUCAUAUAAGGAAAGGAAGACCAGCAAUCCUAAAGGUCAGAAACGAAAGAUUGAUAAGACGAGUAAAUUGGAUGUUGCCAAAACUAGUAAAAGAGUCAAGCAGAUCGAAGAGGAUCCAGCUUCCUCACAGGUUGACACUUCACCAUCACAUCCUGAUGUAGAUAGAGUUCUGAUUUAUGACACCUACAAUUUGAAUGAAAACGGAGUCAAAAAAAUCACUUGCUUGCCAAUGGAGGUCAAGACAACUGAAUUUGUCUGGGGAUGUGGUGUUAAAGGAGAUUUGAUUACUCUUGGACCUGAAGCUGCGUGUGAAGACCAGAGAUCAAGUACAUAUAAUCAAGUAUUUUAUGUAUUGGAGGGUAAAAUGAAUUAUGAAUGUUCUAAAGAUGAGAAAAUACUUACAACUGGCUCAGUUUUCAUUGUUCCCAGAGGUGAAACUUACAACAUUAGAAACUUGGGUGAUUCAACUGCAAAGCUGUUUGUCACAAGUUGUUCUGUAUGAGCAGGAACAUUAAUUUCAGAUUAGAUUAAACUGAAUAUUUUGUAAAUUUUUUUUAUUGGAAAUAUUUUCUAGUUUAACAUAGGUUUUAGUGGUGUUUAAGAGUUGUAUCAUACAUAGCAUGAAAUGUGUUUGCAGUUUUUAUUUUCUUGGUUUUGAACUCACAAAAAGUGCCGUCAAAUAAUUUCUCUUGAUUGUUAUAGUUUGUUUUAAAGGCGCAUAUUUAAAUGUUUAUGUAAAUGCACUGAGCAUUUGUGUGGACAACUCUGUGUAUAUGCACUGACAUAUAUAUCUUAAAUGAAAUAAUUUGGAGUUUUAA